CUCUUAAAAAUUCGAACAAGAGGGGGAGACAUCGAACACAACAACAACAACAUCCACAACCACACUUUGAAAAAAACCCCAUAUAAACAAUUCCGAAAGAUGUCAUCAAAAUCGCUUCGACCUAACAAUUUCACUUGCUUACAAGUCGAAAGUUUGUCUGACAAUGAAGAUCAGUCAGAGAAAAUAGACCAGAAUCCAAAAUCAGUGGAUAAUCAGAAUGUAAACCAGAAAAAACGUGCAAGGAGAAAAAAGAAGAGGCAAGAGAAGGCUGAGAUAAGAGAUAUUGCUUUUGGAAAGAUACCAAGCGUAAAUUGUAAACCAGCCGUUCAGUCAGUGGUGGUAUCUUCAACCCAGAGUAAUGGAAAUAACUUUCAUCAAAUCUCUGGGGACAACCCUAAAGUGACUACUCAACAGUGGGACUCUUGGAAGGAAAGGGACGAAAAUCAAACAGAAGACCAAUUUGCCAAAGACCUUCAUGAAGCUAUCUUGCAAAGUCAACUAGCAUAUGAGCAUCAACAGAAGUUUCUUGAAGCAGUGCAGGAUGUCGAUGACAUUCAGGAUUCUCAAGUAAACAAGAAGGUAAAGAAGAAGCAAGGCAAAGAGAAGCCACAUCCCAUCUCACUGCAGGAGUUCCAGAAGCCUCCUGAACCUACUUCAACUAACAUAGAUCAUAUACAGCUGCCUGCUCAGGUGGAAGCAGAUUCUUUAUUUUUUGAAAAAGUAAAAGAAGAUGCUUCAAAAAUUUUAACUAAAGAACAUAUUAGGAAAGUAAAGAAAGAUAAUGAGAAACUUAUAUCUGAAAAGGCAAGACGUCUACAAUAUGAAGAUACUAUGGAGAAGAAAGAAAAAGAAGCCGAGGUGCUACAUGAGGAGAUCACAAAACUAAAAGAGGAACUUUCACAAGUUAAGAAGAGAAACAAACAGCUCUGCUUCAUCUUAGCUCAGGGAGAAAUGAAAGACAAGGCUGAUGUUCUAAAGCAAGUUGAGGAACUAAAUUCUGUAAAGGAUGAACUUACUGAAGAGGUCUGCCAGCUGCAUGCCUCUCUAGAGCAAGAACGGUCAAAGGUCAGUUCGCUACAAUCUGAAAUGAAGAAACUACUGGAGAAGAAAAAGUAAACAAAUUGUUGAAUAAUCAAACUGAUGUAUCAACUUGAUCAACCUUGCCAAAGUUUUGAAAAGAAAUAUGUAACCUAAUUUUUUAAAAUUUUGUUUUUGUGAUUUUAUUAAAGAAAUGUUGAAUUACAUUAUAUUUAGUGUAGGUCACUGACUUGAGAGGUCACUGGGGUACAGGCACUGUGGUAUGGACCAAAUCAUUGUAUCAUUUGUUUGCAUUUCACAGUGCAAUAUAUUAUUAUUCAAUUGUACUGGCCUCAAAACAUUUUAAAGCAAAAAAUUAAAUUUAAUAAUAUAGAAAUAGAAAACAUAAAUUUACUAAUAGAAUGGCGGUCAUGAGGUAAUUCUUGUUGUAGUAAGGGGCAGGAAUAUCUCUGAAUGGUUUGUUGGGGAAACACAUGAAGGAAAUGAAUAAAAAGUAAAUAGUUAAUAGACAUCAGAUUUUUUUAAGGUUACUAUAAAAGAAAUGUUGAACUUAGCAAUCUUGUAAACAUAUCUGAGAAUGUACUGUACGUGAUACAUUUUAUAUUGUUGCUUUCUGUUGAGUUAUAUUAUUAAAAAUAAUAUCUUCCAUUUUGAGCAUUUACCUGCUUGAAAUUGUAUACAGACAUAAAAGAAACUAAAAAUCAAAUUAAGUUUGUACAUCUGCAUAUUACUGUCUACAGUAUUCAUUUUCGGUUGGUUCAUAUCAACAUAGAUGUAAUUAAGUGCCUGUACUUCAAACGUCUUUGAAAUGUGAAGUUUGAAAAUGUUUUUAGUUUUAUAAGCAGACUGCAUGACAUUUUAUGAAGUGACGUUGGUGCCAUGUUUUGUGGCGAGUGACAUGUUCUCGUUAUAAAGUGGGAUGAGAAGUCAAUUGUUAAAGUUUGUGUAACUACUGUAAUUCCGUUUUUUGUUUCAAACCAUUAAAAAAGUAUAAAUAAAAGAAAAGUUUUUAAA